CUUCGAUUAAUCACCAUGGCGGGAGCGAAGAAACUCCCUUUAACCACCAGCAACAAUGCCAACAUGGGACCCACGGCCGCCGCGGCCGGCUCGAAAAAGACCAUCGAAGAAAUGUACCAAAAGAAGUCUCAGCUCGAGCACAUCCUGCUGCGACCCGACACCUACAUCGGAUCCAUCGAGAAACACACGCAGAUGCUCUGGGUCUACGACGAAGAAGCUAAGACCAUGGUCCAGCGUUCGAUCUCCUACGUGCCGGGGCUCUACAAGAUCUUCGACGAGAUCUUGGUUAACGCGGCCGAUAACAAACAGCGGGACCCGAAGAUGGAUUCGCUCAAAGUUGUGAUUGACCCAGAGCAGAACUUGAUAAGUGUUUAUAACAACGGGGAUGGGGUUCCGGUGGAGAUUCACCAAGAGGAGGGCGUGUACGUGCCAGAGAUGAUAUUUGGCCACUUGCUGACGAGUAGUAACUAUGAUGAUAAUGUGAAGAAGACAACCGGAGGAAGAAAUGGGUACGGUGCGAAGCUGACGAAUAUUUUCUCCACGGAGUUUGUUAUCGAGACUGUUGAUGGGAAGAGGCAGAAGAAGUAUAAGCAGGUUUUCUCUAGCAACAUGGGGAAGAAAGGUGAGCCUACCAUUGCCAAAUGCAAGGAAAAUGACAAUUGGACUAAGGUUUCGUUUAAGCCCGACCUAGCGAAGUUUAGCAUGACUCAUCUUGAAGAUGAUGUCGUUUCACUGAUGAAAAAGCGGGUGGUUGACAUGGCUGGUUGUCUUGGAAAGUCUGUGAAAGUUGAACUCAAUGGGCGGCGGGUUCCCGUAAAAACAUUUGAAGAAUAUGUUGAUCUGUAUCCGAAAUCUGGUGCAAGGUUUCAUGAGAAGGUCAAUGAUAGGUGGGAGAUAUGUGUGUGUGUCAGUGAAGGGCAGUUUCAACAGGUCAGCUUCGUGAAUGCGAUCUCUACAAUCAAGGGUGGCACUCAUGUCGACUGUGUUGCCAAUCAGAUUGCUAACCAUGUGAUGGCUGUUGUGAAUAAGAAGAACAAAAACGCUAACAUUAAAGCGCAUAAUGUGAAGAACCAUUUAUGGGUUUUUGUCAAUGCCCUCAUUGACAACCCUGCAUUUGAUUCCCAAACCAAGGAAACUUUGACGCUUCGCCAGAGCAGUUUUGGGUCAAAAUGUGAACUUCGAGAAGAAUUUAUGAAGAAAGUUACGGCAAAGUCUGGCAUUGUAGAAAAUCUGCUCUCUUGGGCAAAUUUUAAGCAGAGCAAGGAUCUUAAGAAAACAGACGGAACGAAGACACAGGAUGUACGUGGGAUUGUCAAGCUGGAGGAUGCUAACUUAGCUGGAGGAAGGAACUCUGAUCAGUGUACGUUGAUUUUGACAGAAGGAGAUUCAGCCAAGGCUCUUGCUAUGGCCGGGCUGUCAGUUGUGGGUCGGGACCGCUACGGUGUUUUCCCACUGAGAGGUAAACUCCUUAACGUGAGGGAAGCCAGCAGUAAUCAAGUCACAAAUAACAGUGAAAUUGGGAAUAUCAAGAAGAUUCUAGGUCUGAAGCAAGGUGUUGAAUAUGACAAUGUGAAGGCUUUGAGAUAUGGUCAUUUGAUGAUAAUGACUGAUCAGGAUCAUGAUGGUUCACACAUCAAAGGGCUAUUGAUCAAUUUCAUUCAUUCCUUCUGGCCGUCAUUGCUAAAGAUUCCAUCCUUCUUAGUUGAAUUUAUUACACCAAUUGUGAAGGCAACUCACAAAAAUGGAAAAGCACUAGCUUUCUACACCAUGCCUGAGUACGAGUCAUGGAGGGAAAGCUUGGGGGGAAAUGCAAGUGGCUGGUCAAUUAAGUAUUAUAAGGGGUUGGGAACAAGCACAUCGAAGGAAGGGAAAGAGUACUUCCAAAAUAUUGAUAUGCACAAGAAAGAUUUUGUUUGGAUAGAUGAGCAAGAUGGGGAAGCGAUCGAGCUUGCAUUCAGUAAGAAGAAGAUAGAUGCAAGGAAAAAAUGGCUCCUGCAGUUUGAGCCUGGUACUCACCUUGAUCAGAAAGAGAAAUACAUAAAGUACAGCGACUUUGUUAACAAGGAACUUAUCUUAUUUUCUAUGGCGGAUCUCCAAAGAUCAAUUCCAUCAAUGGUUGAUGGCCUCAAGCCAGGUCAAAGGAAGAUUCUUUUCUGUUCUUUCAAGAGGAAUUUUGUGAAAGAAGCAAAAGUUGCCCAAUUUUCUGGUUAUGUUUCUGAGCAUUCUGCCUACCAUCAUGGUGAGCAAAGUCUUGCCAGUACCAUCCUUGGAAUGGCACAAGAUUUUGUGGGCAGCAACAACAUAAACCUUCUUCAACCUAAUGGCCAGUUUGGCACUCGCAACCAGGGAGGCAAAGAUGCAGCGAGUGCUAGGUACAUUUAUACUCGGCUUUCUCCAAUUACGCGGUUCCUGUUCCCAAAGGAUGAUGACAGGCUUCUUGAGUAUUUGAAUGAAGAUGGGCAAACUAUUGAACCCACUUGGUACAUGCCAAUCAUACCCAUGGUUCUUGUGAAUGGUAGUGAAGGAAUUGGGACUGGAUGGAGCUCUUACAUACCCAAUUAUAACCCAAGAGAGAUUGUUGCAAAUUUGAGGCGCUUGUUGAAUGGUGAGAUGAUGGAGCCAAUGCAUCCUUGGUACAAAGGAUUUAGAGGAACUAUUGAGAAAACUGCUUCAAAGGAAGCUGGAGUUAGCUACACUGUUACCGGAGUAAUAGAAGAAGUUAAUGAGACAACACUCAGAAUCAAAGAGCUCCCAAUUCGUAGAUGGACUCAAGAUUAUAGGGAGUUUUUGGAAACUAUAGUAGACCAGGCUGAUUCCUUUAUUGAGGGGUUCAAGCAAUACAGUGAUGAUACAACAGUUGAUUUUGAAGUUUCCUUGUCUGAGGAGAACAUGAUGCUGGUCAAGCAAGAGGGUUUGCUGAAGAAGUUUAAACUUACCACCACUAUUAGCACAAGUAACAUGCACCUGUUUGAUCCAAAAGGAGCAAUUAAGAAAUACGACACCCCAGAACAAAUUCUUGAGGACUUUUUCCACCUAAGGCUUGAGUUCUACGGAAAAAGAAAGCAAGUUCUACUGGACACUCUUGAGAAGGGGCUGUUGAAACUGGAAAACAAGGUUAGGUUUAUUUUAGGGGUUGUGAAAGGAGAGAUCAUUGUGAACAACAGGAAGAGAGCUGAUCUGUUCCUUGAGUUGCACCAAAAAGGUUUCACACCUAUUACAGAGAAAUCUAAACGUGUUGAAGCAGUGGUUGCUGGGUCAAUCGAUGAAACAGAAGAUACUGAAGAGAUUUCUGAGUCAGGAAGUUCUACUGGAGUACGGGCGAGUGAUUACGAUUAUCUACUUUCCAUGGCUAUUGGAACCUUGACCCUUGAGAAGGUUCAGGAGUUAUUGGCUAAUAGGGAUAAACUCAAUGAGGAAGUUGAAGAAUUGAAGAAAGCGACUCCAGAGUUGUUGUGGGUGAAGGACCUUGAUGCUCUUGAGGAGCAACUCGAUGAGCUGGAUAAAAGUGAUGCUCAGGCUGAGGAGGAAAGAAAGAAAAUGAAAAGCAAAGCAAAAGGCGAAGCUGGUACAAAGAUUGUUUCUAAACGAGCCGCCCCAAAGAACCCACGGAAGAAACCUGACAAUGCAAAAGCAAUUGCUGAAACCAUGGGAGCAACCUCCACCUCUACUUUGGAAUCCGAGAAUGUCACCAAGGUGGGCAAAGCUAAAGGCAGAGCAGGGUCUAAGAAGGCACCUGUUAAGAAGCUUGAUGAAGAUGACGAUGACGAUGAAGAUGUGCCUGAUUUGAAGAAAAGACUUGCUAAAUUGAAUGAACAACUAGCUUCAACCAACCUUGAAUCUUCUCCCGAUCAAUCCACUGUCAUGGAAACCGAUAUGGCCCAAGUAGCAGCAGCCAAGAAGAAAGAACCUAGUAAAAGGAACGCUGCCCGGAGGAAGCCACAGAAAAUUGUAUCUGACACUUCCGAGAGUGAGGAUGAAAUUGUUAUGUUGGAUGACGAUGAUGAAGACUUUGAGGCAGAAGAGAUAGCUGCCCCAGAAGCAGGAAAGAAGGGAGGCAGAAAGGCAGCCAAGCCCCCAGCAGCAACAAAGAAGAGAGGGCAAGCGGCCAACAAGCAGCAGCCUCAAGGAGUAGGCCAGAGGCUUUUAACAGAAAUGCUGAAGCCUACGGAAGCCUCUCCACAGAAGAAAGUGAGGAAGAUGAGGGCAUCACCCUUCAACAAGAAAAGUGGCUCCAAGUUGGGCAAGGCAGCAGCUGCUACUCAAGAUGAAGAAGCAACAGGAAGUGAAGAAACAUCAGGUUCUCCUUCCAUAUCUGACGACAGUGAGGAAGUUAUCGAAGUCGUUCCCGCGAAAGCUAGACCUCAGAGAGCAAACAGGAGGCAGGCAAAGUAUGCGGUGAGUGAUUCAGAGAGCGAGCCUACCGAUGAUUCUGACUUCAAUGAAGAUGAAGAUUAGGUGGAUUUU